AUGCCGGACAAACAGACGGAACAACCCGCUCAGCCUGCUGCGCCAACGCUGGAAACUACCAACCAUUCAAAUAAGCAUGGCGAACUUAAAUCAACAUCGCCAUUACCUGACGUAGCACCUACUGUUGGUGGUGCCGGUGUGGUAUAUGAGGACAGUGAAAAGGCAGAUGCAGCUGCUGCGUCUUUUAAACAUCAUCCAAGUGAACUUCCAGACCCGGAGAAAGACUUUCAUGAAAAUGCGUCCGCGGGAAUCGGUGCACCCAUAAAUCACGAUGGGGAGAAAGGGGGAGUUGUAGAAGGAACAGAAGAAUCAAACGGAGAAGAAGAUGACGAGAACCAUUAUAUAUCUGGUGUGCCACUGGCACUCUUGACUUUUGGUCUUUGCAUGGCUACGUUUACUGUGGCGCUGGAUAAUACUAUCAUCGCCACUGCUAUUCCCAAAAUAACUUCAGUCUUCAACUCUCUGGAAGAUGUUGGAUGGUAUGGAUCCUCUUACUUGCUCACAACAACCGCCCUCCAACCAUCAUUUGGACGUAUAUAUACCUAUUUUGACGUCAAAUGGACUUAUCUCUUCGCUCUUAUCCUCUUUGAGGUUGGAUCUAUCAUCUGUGCCGCUGCAAGAAAUUCAGUCAUGCUAAUUAUAGGGAGAGCGGUUGCCGGUGCAGGAGCUUCAGCUUUAUUUUCUGGCGGCAUGACAAUAGUUGGGUUCAGUGUGCCUUUGAUUAAGAGACCAUUGUAUAUUGCUAUGUUAUCAUCGAUGUUUGGCAUUUCUAGUGUCGUUGGUCCCCUUCUUGGUGGUGCUUUAACUGACAAAGCUUCAUGGCGAUGGUGUUUUUGGAUAAAUCUUCCAUUUGGCGGAAUUGCUAUUGGUGCCGUAGCAUUAUUCUUUAAACCUCCCCCAAGAAAAAUAUCCGGCAUGACCGUCAAGCAAAGAAUUCUGGAAAUCGAUCUCGUUGGAGCUACUUUCCUCAUGGGGGCGAUCAUCAGUCUAUUGUUAGCCUUGCAAUGGGGUGGUUCAAAGUAUCCCUGGAGCAAUUCGAAAGUCUGGGGCUGUUUACUCGGAUUCGGUCUUUUGAUCAUUGUAUUCAUUGCCCAACAAUUUCGUCGCGGUGAACGAGCUACCAUUCCACCCAGAAUUUUCAGCCAGCGAACUGUUCUUAGUGCUUGCCUAUUCUCUUGUUUUAUGUCAAUGGGUCUUUACACACAUAUCUAUUACCUUCCCUUCUACUUUCAAGCUGUCAAGGGUACCUCCGCAGAAGCUUCCGGUAUUCGCACGAUUCCAUACCUCGGUUCAGUUAUCGUCUCAUCUAUUUUUGCGGGCGCUGGUAUCACUGUCCUUGGCUUCUACAAACCUUUCAUGAUUUUUGCCGGUGCAGUCUUCACGGUCGGCGCCGGACUCAUGUACACGCUUCAAGUAGGCUCCAGUGUUGGAAAAUGGGUAGGCUACCAAUUAAUCUGCGGGCUCGGCGCAGGCAUGGGAGUACAAAUCCCAUUCAUCGCAGUUCAAGUUGUUCUCAACGCAAAAGACAUGCCCAGUGGAAACGCCAUCGCUAUUUUCUUCAAUUCUCUCGGCGGAGCCAUCUCUAUUUCCAUUGCACAAAAUGUGUUUAGCAACGGACUCGUCAAAUAUGUACCUCAAUACGCACCUGAAGUUGAUCCAGCCGUCAUCUACGCUGCUGGUGCAACACAUCUUCGCGAGGUCAUUAGUCCUGCUGAUCUGGUGGGUGUAUUAGUCGCAUAUUGUAAAGCGUUGGAUCAAUCAUUUGUUUUAGCAAUUGCGGUUGGUGCUAUUGCGACGAUUUGUGCAUGUUUUGUGGAAUGGAAGAGUGUCAAAGGUAAGAAGAUUGAGCAUGGAGCCGGUGCAGCUUAG